AUGUAUGAUACUGCAUUUCUCGAGGCAGGCCAAAUCUUCCCUCUCACCACUGUUACUCAUCCCAUCCACUUCGCAUUAAGCACGAUGAAGGCCGUCAUCUAUACUGAACCCAAACAGGCCCGUCUUGUCACCGACAGGCCCCUGCCUCAGCUUCGCCAGAACACUGCUCUUGUCAAAGUGGCGGCUGUCGCCCUCAACCCGACAGACUGGAAACACGUUUCGUUCGGAAUGGCACGGGAGGGAUGUGUGCUGGGCGUGGACUACGCAGGCACAGUUGAACAGACGAAUUCCACCGAGUGGAACAAAGGUGAUCGCAUCUGCGGCUUUGUGCACGGCGGCAACUACAGCAACCCUGAGGAUGGAUCCUUUGCCGAGUACCUGGUUGCACCGCUCUCCACGGCCAUGAAGGUCCCGGACGGUCUGUCCUUUGAGGAAGCGGCGACACUUGGUUGCGGAAUCACGACGGUGGCCCAGGGCCUUUUUGAGCCAGGUUACGGUCUGGGACUAAAUGUCCCUUCCAGUCCUGUUGAGACCUCAGAGCCGCUGCUUAUCUAUGGUGGAAGUUCCGCAACGGGGACCUUGGGGAUCCAGCUGGCCAAAGAGGCUGGCUAUACUGUCAUUACGACCUGUUCCCCAAGAAACUUCGGCCUUGUCCGGCAGCGCGGAGCGAACGAGGCUUUUGACUACAAGGACCCAGAGGUCGGGCAGAAGAUCAAUGAUUACACCCAAAACCGCCUUCGAUAUGCCUGGGACUGCAUUGGCACCGAUGACGCCGCCCGAACCUGCGCAGAGGCGCUUACAAGUUGUCCCGGUGCGCGCUUUGGUACCAUCCGUGGCCCCAAACUUUCUCGUGAUGAUGUGAAAUACACUGCUACCAUGGCAUAUGUUGGAAUCGGAGAGGACUAUGAAAAAGCAGGCAAAUGGUCGCGGGACAAUCAGGCACAUGCGCAGUGGCAGCAGACCUUUUGGAAAAUGGCGCGGAAUUUGCUCGCCCAAGGCAAGCUCCAAGUGCAUCAGGUCCGUGUUGGGAAGAGUGGCCUGCAGGGCGUCCUGGAGGGUCUGAAAGAGUUGGAGGAAGGGGCUGUCUCUGGGGAGAAGUUGGUAUACCUGAUUGAAGAUACUCUCUACAUUGAUUAG